AUGAGCGUCGACGACUGUUUUGGCCUGACUGGCCUCCUGCUGCUACGCCUGCUGCUGCGCCUGCGCCUCUCGCAUCGAGAUCUUCGCAACGCAACCGCAAGCAACACGACACGACAUGACAUGCCUGCUGACUUGAGAGAUGGUGGUAGUGACGAUCCUACCAACACAAAUGGCGCCUCAUCCUUCUCGUCCUCAUCGUCCUCGCCGGACUGGUCGACCUAUCUAGGCACCUCCAAACCCCGCCUGCCCGCGCCGAUCCGCUCUCUCUUCCCCCUUGAGCUCAUCCCAGGCAUGAUCUCUCUCCUUGCGGGCAAGCCAAACGCAGACACCUACCCCUUUGCCAGCAUCAAUCUCGAGCUCAAGCCCGGCCCGGAUGGCACCACACCCGCUCCUCUGCGCAUCGAGGGUAAAGACCUUGAGGAUGCCCUGCAAUAUGGGGCUACGGCUGGCCUGCCGAGGCUGAAUAAGUGGCUGGUAGACUUCCAGAGUCAUGUGCAUCGCCGCCACGUAGAUGCGCAGAAGUGGCAGGUGACGCUAGGCGUGGGCUCACAAGAUCUGUUGAGCAAGAGCUUUGAGAUGUUGCUCGACCCUGAUGUGGAUUCGAUCCUCGUCGAAGAGCCAGCAUACGCCGGUAUCCUCCCCUGCCUGCACGCCUGCCGCGCAAAUGUUGUGUCCAUAGCAUCAGACGACCAAGGUGUUGAUCCGCAAGCACUGGAGGAAGCCCUCGCCAACUUUCCAAAAGACAAGCCCAAGCCCAAGUGCCUCUACACGACACCUACAGGCGCGAACCCAUCAGGCACGACAGCAUCAGAACAGCGUAAGCGUGACAUUCUCGCCAUCUGCAGGCGGCAUAGCGUCUUGAUUCUGGAGGACGAUCCCUACUACUUCCUCGACUUCUCCAAGCUUGGCGAGGACCCCGUGACGCGAUAUAGGCCAUUGAGCUAUUUCGCCCUUGAUGGCGAAUCGGCCAGCCCUGGGCUGGUGCUCCGCUACGACUCCUUCAGCAAGGUCCUCUCUGGCGGUAUGCGUCUGGGCUACCUCACUGCCCACCCUACCUUUGUGAAGGGCAUCGACCUGAUCACGGGCGUGGCCAACCUUUCCACCUCGGGCGCGGCGCAGUGUAUCGCACUAGCCAUUCUCGAGCACUGGGGCGUCGAGGGCUUCCUCCAGCACGCAGACAGGGUCGCCACAUUCUACCGCGAUAGGCGUGAUCGAUUCGAGGCGGCAGCGCGACGUGUGCUGGGUCGGGGUCCUGCAGUCGCAGAGUGGAUUACACCGACAGCGGGCAUGUUCUUGUGGCUCAAGCUCAAAUUGCCAGAGGACGAGCAGGACUCGUUCAGCAUCAUCUCGAAUGAGGCCAAAGAUGCGGGCGUGCUAGCGGUGCCUGGCGGAGCGUUCAUGCCGAUGAGGGGGAAGGAAAGCUGUUAUGUUAGGACGAGCUUCUCGCUGGUGCCGGAGAAUGACUUUGAGGAGGGCUUUGAGAGGUUGAGGAGAGUGAUCGAAGGAGUAUGGAAGAGGAAGGGAUUGAGCGUGCCCGCAUGA